UUUCAAGCCGCGCGUAAACGAAAUGUUUGGUCACUUGUUUGCUGUCUUCAACUCUCGCUCUAUUACCAUCAUUAUCACCAGGACGCAAGACUUACCGCGGAAGCUGGAUCAUUGUACAGCUUCCUACCGAAUUCUCCAACAGUAUAGUCCUCAACCGCCGUGGCAGUAUCAAAUUUGGCGUCGACAGGUUUUUGCGCGGCAUCUGAGACCAGCUCCACGCAACAAAUUGAUUCGGCACCCAUGAAGAUCCAAGACUAACACUGCCUGCUCUAGCUAUUCAUGUUUCUUCCGUUUCCUGCCCCAGUUGGGAAGUACCCACUUGGUAAUAUCCGCUUCGAAUGUCCCACUCUGCCGGCACUCGUCGAUGAUCCGGACGGCACUCCCGCAAUAGGGGUAGUGGACGCGAGCUGGGGUUGUCCUACUGUCCGCAUCCAUGGCUCUCUGCCCUUGGAAUAUAUAAGAGGGUGUUCCGUCGCCAAGCUGUCAAACCUUGAUCUCAGCUCCAUCAGCCUUGCUAAGCUCUUCUACAGUCUCUCAUUCUAACAUCCCUGAAGUCCAGCAUUGAUUGCUUGAUCUACAUUCGUUAAAUUUUACCUUCUUUUGACACCACCGUCUUCGACAAUCAACCCCGCAAGAAUGCUUCCCGUCGUUGUCCUCGCAGCUUUGCUGCCCCUCAUCCACGCGGCUCCGGCUGAGCUCAAGCGAGCCGAUGCUUGCACUUUCACCGACGCCGCCGCCGUUGCCAAAGGCAAGGCCUCGUGCUCGACCAUCACCCUUAACAACAUCGCCGUCCCUGCCGGCACCACGCUUGACUUGACUAAGCUCAAGACUGGCACCAAAGUCAUCUUCCAGGGAACCACUUCCUUCGGCUACAAGGAGUGGGAAGGCCCACUCAUCUCCGUCUCCGGAACCGAUAUCACGGUCACUGGUGCGUCGGGCCAUGUCAUUGAUGGCAACGGCGCCAAGUGGUGGGAUGGAAAGGGCUCCAAUGGUGGCAAGACCAAGCCUAAAUUCUUCUACGCCCAUGGUCUGAAGCAGUCCAACAUCAAGGGACUGAACGUCAAGAACUCGCCGGUUCAGUUCAUGAGCAUCAACUCCGCUACUGACCUCAAUGUUGUCGAUGUGACUUACGAUAACUCGGCCGGUGACAAGGGCGCGCUUGGCCACAACACGGAUGCGUUUGACGUCGGUUCUUCCGAGAAUAUCUGGAUCUCAGGCGCCAUCGUGCACAACCAGGAUGAUUGCCUUGCCAUUAACUCUGGCACCAACAUCACAUUCACCGGUGGCUCUUGCACUGGAGGCCACGGCCUAUCCAUUGGUUCUGUUGGUGGCCGGAGCGACAACGUCGUCGAUACCGUGCACAUCGAGCACAGCAAGGUCAUCAACUCGGACAAUGGUGUCCGUGUCAAGACGGUCUCAGGGGCUACGGGCAAGGUCACCGGUGUGACCUUCAACGACAUUAGCUUGAGCAACAUUGCCAAGUAUGGUAUUGUCAUUGAGCAGGACUACGAGAAUGGCAGCCCGACCGGCAGCCCCACCACUGGCGUUCCAAUCACCGGUCUUACUGUCACCGGCGUCAAGGGAAGUGUUGCCUCGUCUGGUACCAACGUCUACUUGCUUUGUGGAAAGGGUUCCUGCUCCAACUGGUCCUGGUCCGGCAACGGUGUCAGCGGUGGAAAGAAGAGCACCAAGUGCCUGAACAUCCCCAGCGGUGGCGCUGCUUGCUAAACGGGUUAGCAGGAUGACUCGCGGUGUAGAGCUCGGUGUGCGGAUUGGGCGCCAGGGGCACUUUUUGCAUUCUCGUAGAUAAUCUUUGAUUUCGUAUAUACUAACUACCCUAGGUGGGAGUGGAUUAUUUGAAGCGGC